AGUUGACAGCUCGGACAUACAUAGUAGCUUCCUCGGUCUCUUGUAGCUGAUAGAAGUGACUAAAAGUAGGUACCUACAUGUAGUUGACAUCAUUCCCGGCUGUAGUAUCGUAACAUGAAUGGUUGGAUUGUUUCCGGUCCGGCAGUAGCAGGGGCCGAGAUAUCUCUAUAACAGUUUCCGGCUGUUUCUCUCUCACAAUUUUUCUCUCUCUACUAAAAUCUACAUAACUUCAACUCCUCCUAACUACCUAAGCUAUAAAUACAAAAUUUUAUUUUUUACAGCUUAGAAACCACACGCGGGAUUUAGGACUUACAUAAUAGAGCAAUUCAAGAUGGCGACGACACUAUUCCGAGCAGCUCCCUCAGCCCGAGCAGCUUUGCGCGCUAGCUCUAUGAAACCCGGCGUUGCCGCGUUGGCCAGUACCUCUUUUGUCAGAGGCAAGGCAACCUUGCCCGACCUCUCUUACGAUUAUGGCGCACUUGAACCCUACAUCUCCGGCAAGAUCAUGGAGCUCCACCACAAGGGCCACCACCAGACCUACGUCAACGGCCUAAACAGCGCGCUGGAGACUAUUGAAGAAGCUAAGGCCAAGGGCGACGAUAUCCAAGCAGCCGCCGCUGCUCCUUUGCUUAACUUCCACGGCGGCGGACACAAGAAUCACACUCUGUUCUGGGAGAACCUGGCUCCGAACAAUAAGGGAGGCGGUGGUGAGCCCGAAGGUGCUCUAAAGUCCGCCAUCGACAAGGACUUUGGCUCCUUCCAAACCCUCCAGAAACAGAUUAACACAGCCCUAGCAGGUAUCCAAGGAAGCGGAUGGGCUUGGCUGGUCAAGGACAAGUCUGCCGGUACCCUACAGGUUAUCACCAAAGCAAACCAGGACCCGGUCAUUGGAAACUACGUCCCGCUACUGGGCAUUGACGCUUGGGAACACGCCUACUACCUACAAUAUCAGAAUCGCAAGGCCGAAUAUUUCAAUGCCAUCUGGAAUGUCAUCAACUGGGGUACCGUGGCUAAGAGGUUGGAGAAGGUGUAGAGCGUGGCAAUUUUACCGUAGACGAUGAAACGACACGGCAAAUUUAAGCCCUUAUUACGUGCGACUUUAAUAUGAACGAAUCUGCUGGGUAUGAGAGUUUAUGAGCGAGUCUAAGCAGGUAUUGAGCUAGUAUAUUUAGGUACAUAUCAAUAAGUACAGUUGUCUUAGUUAAAACGGCUAAGCAUGAUUUUCAGUA